AUGUUCUUCCGUCACUUGUUUGUAAAAUCCGUGCUUUGCAAGGCCUUUUUCUCUUAUAUCUAUCUAUCAAUCAAUCUAUCUAUCUAUCUAUCUAUCUAUCUAUCUAUCUAUCUAUCUAUCUAUCUAUCUAUCUAUCUAUCUUUUGGCAUUAUCUAUCUGUAUCCGUAUUAUCAUUGUCUGCCUGUCUGUGUUCGUAUUAUCAUUGUCUGUCUGUCAGUAUUCGUAUUAUUGUCUGUCUGCCUGCGUUCGUAUUAUCAUUGCCUGUCUGUCUGUCUGUAUUCGUAUUAUCAUUGUCUGUCUGUCAGUGUUCGUAAUAUUCUCUGUCUGCCUGUGUCUGUAUUAUCAUUGUCGGUCUGUCUGUGUUCGUAUUUUCACUGUCUGUCUAUCUGUGUCCGUAUUAUCAUUGUCUGUCCGUGUUCGUAUUAUCAUUGUCUGUCUGUGUUCGUAUUAUCAUUGUCGAUCUGUCUGUGUCCGUAUUAUCAUUGUCUGACUGUCUGUGUCCGUAUUAUCAUUGUCUGUCUGUGUUCGUAUUAUCAUUGUCGAUCUUUUUCUUCAACCGCCUCCUCAUUUUUCUCUCAUUAUUUGCUUGCCUCUUCCCCAUUUUCUCCUGCUAAUCCCCUCUCUACUCCUCCUCUCUGUGACCUCGUGUUACUCCCUUCUUAUAAAUGCCAAAAUUAA